AUGGUUGAGGGUGAGUCAAGCAAUCAAGCAAUGCAAGCCGAGAAGAGGAUGGAUCAGAGGAUGGAAGGGUCUGAUGCAGAGGAGUAUGUCUACUCUGAGGAACAGUCUGAGAGUGAGAGAUUGAGGGAAGAAAGGAGAACCAAGAAGAGGAAUGACCCUAUAGUAGUGAGAUACCCACAUGAUGACACCAUGAGAGAUCUUGGUAUCUUUGAGGAUGUGGAGUUGGUGCUCAAGAACAUGCAAUUGGGGAAGUUCUUCUCUCACCGCAUGGAGUCUUACAAGGAGUUGACUUGUGAGUUUUUGGCGUCGAUGAAGCAUCACGAGUUUGAUGAGCUCGAUCGAGCGUUUGGGUUCACCUAUGGAGAAGGUAACCUAUGGAACAUCAAGGAAGAAGAACUCCAAAGAGUAUGGGCUACAAUCGCUGAAGAGGUACUCUUCCUCAAGGUCCAAGGCUGCCAGAUCAGAGCCUGUGCUUGA